GUGGAAAAUCCUAUAUUAAGAAAAACAGAAUAAUCGAAAGAUGAAUAAAUAAAAAAAAUCUAAGAAUGUUUUUCAUAAAUAUUAUCAAUUUUAAAUUUAAACUAAAUGGAUGAUAGUAUAAAAGAUACUCCAAGUAGAAUAGCAAAAAUGUAUGUUAAUGAAAUAUUUAGUGGAUUAAAUUAUGAAAAUUUUCCUGCUAUGACAACCAUUGAUAAUAAAAUGUAAUAUGAUGAAAUGGUUAAAGUUAAUAAAAUUUCUUUUACCACAACUUGUGAACAUCAUUUUAUUACUUUUGAUGGUUAUGCAAAUGUUGCCUAUAUUCCUAAAAACAAAGUUUUAGGACUUUCUAAAAUAAAUAGAAUAGUAAAAUUCUUUUCUUAAAGACCUUAAGUAUAAGAAAGAUUAACAUAAUAAAUUCUCGCAGCUUUACAGACUAUUGUUGAAACAGAUAAUGUAGCCGUUCAUAUCGAUGCUACACAUUACUGUGUUAAAGCAAGAGGGAUUAUGGAUCAAAAUAGUACUACUACAACUUAUGCUUUUGGAGGUAUUUUUUCAACUAAUAAAGAUAUGAGAAAGGAAUUUUUGUUUUAUAAUUCAUUUAAUUUUUAUUUAUUUUAAUGACUUUUUAACUUUUGAAAAUAUAUUAGAUGAUUUAAAUUAAUAAUAAAUUGAAAACUAGUAUUUAAUAAUAUAUCUAAAAGCAAUAGUUUUACAGACUUUUUUAUUUAAAGUCUUUUCAAUCUUAAAAAAUUUGUUUGGAAUCGGAAUUUUUUGGCAUAAAUCUAAACACAAUUGCUUGACAUAUAAACAGAUUUGCAUU